AUGCAGAAUAACAAUAUGUCGGCUGUCGCAGAGUUCACCCUCUUAGGCUUUCAAGCCAGUCAGAAUAUAAGAAUAAUAAUGUUCUUGCUGCUUCUUGUGGUUUACUGUGUUACAAUUUCUAUGAAUCUCCUGAUCAUCACCCUGGUGUCCUCCAACAGGAACCUCCACAAUCCAAUGUACUUCUUCAUCUCACAACUCUUUAUAAAUGACAUCCUAUUGACCACAGAUAUUUCCCCCAAUACACUUCACAUCCUACUGAAUAAUGGGGCGACCAUCACUUUUAUUGGCUGUAUCGCUCAGCUUUAUUUUUUCAGCGCUUCAGAAGCAUCUGAAUGUCUCAUCCUCACAGUGAUGUCCUAUGACAGAUAUGUGGCCAUCUGUAACCCCCUCCGUUACACUUCUUUAAUGACAAGUACUUAUUGUGUGAAAUUAGCCAUCGCCUCCUGGAUGGUUGGAUUUUUCAUUAUGUUGAUCACCAUCAUAACAACAUCGGUGCAAAACUUUUGUGGACCAAAUUUCAUUGACCAUUUCUUCUGUGAUCUUGUUCCCCUCUUAGAAAUUUCCUGUUCUGAUACCUACAGUGUUCAGAUGGAAGUUUCUUUACUAAGCAUUCCAUUAGUUUUCAUUCCCAUAAUAAUAAUUAUAUUUUCAUAUACUAGAAUUAUCAUCACCACCUUAAGGAUCCGAUCUAGUACUGGUAGACAGAAAGCCUUCUCCACCUGUAGCUCCCACCUCAUUGUGGUCUCCAUCUUCUACUGGACUAUGUUCAGUGUUUAUGUUUUCCCAAAAAAAGGGGAAACUUUAAGUAUCAAUAAGAGCCUAUCUCUUCUGUACACUGUAUUUACCCCAUUAAUCAAUCCUAUAAUUUACAGUUUAAAGAAUAAUGAUAUUAAAAGGGCUUUACAUGUACAAGUUAAUAGUUGGGUGCGCUGUCUUCUUCCUGGUCACCACUCUGCUAUAGUAUUGAGACACUCCAAAGCACAAGUGCCACAGGAUUCCUAA